UAAUUAUAUGAUAAAUAUGUUUAAGUUAAAUACUUGACUAGCCUAUAUUUUAUAUGGUAAAGUGCCUCUUUGAUCAUUGAUAUGAGGCCCGUGAGUUGCGCGCGGUAAAUCAUCCUUCAGCACUCACAAUAAAAACGGCGGGAAACCGCUUCAAAAACGCGCGAGUUCGAACUCAUCGAACAUUCUUGUUGUUGGUUUCUCUUUAUAAGUGGAUUACAAUAUUUUAUAAUAAUUUCUGUAAAUACUUCCACCGUAAAAACAUGCAUUAGUUGAAAAAAAUUGCAUUAUAGUUAGUUUUCUGGACUGUCGUGACUGGUUAUAGAGAGAUCACACACUAGUCAGGUAACGUUAAGUUACAGAUGAUUCUGUGGAGAAUUUGUAAACGUAACGUUAGCUCAUUUAAGAAUAAAAAUAGUUUUAUGUAACAUGGGAUCUGGUUUAAAUCUGUUUCAAAUGCUGUUUUAAUUCUUUAAAAAUAAGCUAAUAGAAAUGAUUGAUAAGACAUUUUUACGAAAUUAUCGUUUUUCAUUCUUAAGUAUUUAAUUUGAUUUACAAGCUGGAGUUUGUAUUUUGUUGCUGCUAAUAUUUAAAUAGACAAUACCACAGCAAUAUGUAGUUACUUUUCAGACAGCGAGACUAUUAUGUAUGGCAGCUUCCAGGAGAAAACAGAACAAGACCAAACAACACAAUGAAAGCUCCACAGACCUUAAAACCUUCGACUUCGACACUCUGGAGGGAAAGAAAGGAAGUGGAUCUGACGAUGAUACGAGAGAUGAAACUCAGAUCAUUGACAAGCUGACCAAGAAAAGAUCUGCAGAUACAUUUGAUGAUGAUGACCUUAAUGCAGGUGUGGGGAAUGAGGUUCAAACUAUGCUGGAAAGAUUUGGUGCGGACAUCAGCAAAGCCAUGCAGACCAAACGGAAACGCCUGGAGGUUCUCACCAAAAACUCCCUAAAGGGCAGCACUCAGAAACUGGAGCAAAUGUGGAAAUCCCAGCAGAAUCAGAGGCAAAAGCUGACACAAGAUUAUUCUCAGGAAGUUCUCUCUGUGCUUCAGCAGUGGGAAACCGAUGUUCAGAAAUCUGAGGAGCAGGAGGAGAAACUGAAUAAUUUGUUUCGCCAGCAGCAGAAGCUCUUCCAACAGGCAAGGGCUGUGCAAAACCAGAAAAUGAAAACCAUCAAAGACCUGUUUGAGCAGUUUGUCAAGAACAUGGAUGAGAUGGAGAAAAGCCAUGAAGCCUUCCUGCAGGGCACCCAGAUGGAGCUGAGAAAGGAGAUGGCCCUGCUGCAGAAGAAGAUAAUGAUGGACACACAACAGCAGGAGAUGGCCACAGUUCGGAAGUCCCUCCAAUCAAUGCUGUUCUGAAACAUCUUUCUGUUCUUUUGUCAACACUGUAGAAGAACCUCAUGUUCUAAAAGGAAGGUUUUGUUUUUUUGAAAAUGAAUAUUGUUUGUAUAUUUUUACAUCACUUUAUUCAUUUUAAUUCAUAAUUGUAUUAAUAAUAUCUUAAUAUUUAUUUUCCUGUCAAGAGUAAAAAUCUA